CUAGUUCUCCUCUUAAACUGCGCAGGGCAAAGUUCAUUCUCCUAUCAAUUUCAGACUUUCAGGAAAUUGCCGCACAACGACUUUCACCACAAACCUUACCACUUCAAUAAAUCUCGGUUUCGAAAUUUGCAACAAUGGCGGUUUCUCAUGUAUGUUUAAUCACUGCCAUUUUGGGGUGUAAAAUGGUUAAAUAACACCGAAAUUUUCAGACGAUAUGCUUAUGGUGGCCGAAUUCGUCGAAUGUUGUAAUCUGAUUAGGAAAUGUGGAUUAUGCUCGAAAAUUAGUAUUCAAAAAGCAAACAACCUAACUGCAAGAUGAAGAGAAAAAUGAAGAGAAAAAGGAUCACCACUAGUGCUGAUGUUAAUGAAGGUGACAAUGUGGAUUUAAUCAGUGGAUUACCUGAUGAUAUACUGGUCUACUUGUUAUCUUUUUUGGAAAUGAAAACAGCAGCAAGAACUAGUCUUCUUUCCAAAAGGUGGAGCUAUAUUUGGACUUACCUAGUUCAUUUGGAUUUUGAUGACCCUGGUUUUCACUUAAUCGAGGGCAACCCGACUUGUGAUCAAAUAGAUAAAUAUCAUCAAUGGGUUCACAAGGUAAUAACCACCAAUCGUGCCUCAUGGCUAAGUACUUUCAGAAUACAUUUCCCUCUCAAUAGCUUAAAUGUUGCUGAUAUUAAUAAAUGGGUUAGAUUUGCCUUAAGCAAAGAUGUUCGUAACCUGGAGUUGAACUUGUCACCUUGGGGGUUGACCACUGAGGUUGAUGGUUACAUACUCAGGUGGAGGUUCCUCUUCUAUCAGCCUGUUUAUACUUAUAAACAUCUUACUUACUUGAAAUCUCUACAUUUGGAAGCAUUAUCUGUGGUGGGAAAUGUGAUUGAACAUGUUUUGUUUAAUUGUCUCAAUCUUGACCGCCUGAUGUUGAGGGAUUGCCGAUUUUACUCCAUUGGUGUUUUCCUCGAAACUAAACUUGUUGUUUCCUCCCUUAGUCUGAAACACUUUGAGUUAUCUCACUUCUUCGGAGUUCUUGAAUCACUCCAGAUUUCUGCUCCAAAACUUUCUUCAUUUAUAUUUAUGGGUUGGGGGAAAGCAGUAGUAGAAUAUAUUCAUGUUCCAGCACUUGUGAAUGUGACCUUUGGAUAUGCCUAUAGGCUAUAGCCGUCACCUUUUCCAAAAUUUUCACGUCUUUUCAGUUUUCUCUUCUCAACUUCAGCAACUCUCUUUUAAGAGGUCUCAGGUUAGUUCCUUAACUUCAGUAGUAUGUUCUACCUAACUAGGUUUGGGUUUUUCUAAUUUUCUCUCUUAUUUUUUUGUAGGCACGUCCUAUUCCAAGUCGAUUUCCGCCUUUUCCUAAUGUUAAGCAAUUGGACAUUGAAGUUGCUGAUCCAGCAGACGGUGGUGACAGCCUUCUUGAUUUUAUCUCUUUCAUUCAGGCGUGCCCUAUGCUGCAUACCUUCAAG